AUGGCGGUGGCUGGGGAUCCGGAGCCGGCGGGCGUUCUUCGUAGAAGUCACAGAUCAGCAUCAUUCACAGACGGGCUUUCAGCGGCCUCAUUCACAGAGUACCCCAGGCACAAGCCUUUCAUUAACGCUGACUUGCGGCGGUCCCCUGCCAAGCCGGUAAUUGCGUAUCCGGAGAGUAACAGCAGAGCGAUAUUCUCUGCUCUGAAGAACCUUCAGGAGAAGAUACGGCGGCUGGAGCUGGAACGGAUUGUAGCCGAGGAGAGUGUGAAAAGCCUGGCUAAGGAAACCUCAGAUUACAAGAAGGUGUUGAGUGAACAACUGCUGGAGAAAGAGCAUUCGAAGCUGGAGGUGGCCAGGAAAAAUGAAGAGUUGGCUGUUCAGCUGGCAGGGGCCGAAACUCGCUGCAGCCUGCUAGAGAAGCAGCUGGAAUACAUGCGGCGGAUGAUAGAACGUGCGGAACAUGAAAAGACCAGCGUCUUGAGAAAGCAGGCCACGUUGGAGAGCGAGAGCAUCCUUGAUCAGUCACACAUGAAAUCGAAGCUGGAGAGGCUGGAUGUGCUCGAGAAGGAAUACGCCAGGCUGACUACGAUGCAGUCCCUUGCAGAGAAAAAGAUGAAAGAGCUGGAGGAGAAGCUCCGAGAGGAAGAACACUCACGGAAACGGAUGCAGGAGAAAGCAGCCGAGCUGCAGACCGGAUUGGAGACCAACAGACAGUUGCUGAAAGCGAAGACCCAGUCGGUGCCGGCGUUGCUACCCUCAAAGCCCAAGAAGACAAAGAAGAAAGCAAAGAAGCUGGUCAAGAGCGAUUCUGCAAUGAUCCACUUCCACUCCCAGCCCCACUACAGGCUGCAGCUGGGCGACGUGCCGUUUGUGGCUGGAAAGUCCACUAGCCCCAGCCACUCCGUCGGGGCCAACGUUCAGCACGUCCUGCACCUCAUGAAGCAUCACUCGAAGGCCCUGUGCAACGACCGCGUGGUGAGCGAGGUCCCGUUGAGCAGGCACGCAAACAAAGGCCAGCGGUCCGCCGAGUCGUCCGUCUCCUCCCAGGGGGACCUUUCUGAGGUGCUGCUGACCUUGCAGGACGAACUCGGGCAGAUGAGCUUUGAUCACCAGCGGCUAGCAAGACUCGUCCAGGAUGCUCCAACACUUGUCCUGCGGGAAGACCUGGAGCAGGAACGGGAAGAGUUGGUGAAAAGGAUGGAGGCCAAGGCGGAACAAAUCUCUAAAAUUCAGCGGCAUCGGGCCCGGCUGGAGAAACACAGGCGAGAAGGCAAACCCAAGCGCGGUUGCCCUCAACAGCCGAGCAGAGCCAGCGAAGGGAAAACGGCGCCGGCAAAGGCGAAAGACGUCGGCUCGAAAGCGAAGCCCGGGGAGAAGGGGAAGAAGAGCCUUCUGCUGUUGAGGGAAAUGCAAAGUAUACAGACCUCCCUUCAGAAAGAUGAUAUCAAUUGGGACUACUGAGGUGUCUUGCUUGUG